AUGACCAAUACUCUAUCCUUGGAUUUGAAAAGUUCAGCUUUACUGAUUGCUUUAAUUCUUGUUCCUCUCGUUGUCCUCAUCUGCGCUGUUGCCAUUGCGCUUGCGUGUUCCGAGUACUGGAGCAUACACUCCAUCAAGCACACCAUCCUCUUGUGCUGUUGUAUCAGGAAGCAGCAGAGACGCAAGAAGGUUCGAUCAGAUCCCGAGAGUUGCAACAUCUUACCGUCGAUUCGUGCGACAGAGUGCUCUGAUAUUCAUAUUGAGUUCGAGGUCCCUGUCACCAACCGAGAGCACGUUUAG